UAAUCUCAAGCUUUAUUAUUUUUGUUUGUUUGUGUUGUGAAUUUUGGUUGAAGGGUUUGGCUGGUGGAGCUGAUGGGUCUGCAAAAAGUGCAGCGCAAGGUACGAUGCUGAGUAUGGUAACACUAGAUUUGCUUUUUGACUCUAUUCCCAAACACUUCUCUCCCAUCCCCCAUCCCCUUUGCCCUUUAUUAUCAUUCAUUCACCCUUCUCUUCUUCUUAAUAUCAUCAUUUCAAAAAACCCUAAAACCUAAAUAUCUGCUGCCCCCCAACUCUCAACUCUCAACACCUUCUUCAUCCCACAAAUUUAUUAUUAAUUAAAUGAGCUCCGAAGACUCCAAAACUUCCAUGGAUUUGGUUCAGCCCUCUGAGCACCUCUGUUAUGUGAGAUGCAACUUCUGCAACACUGUUCUUGCGGUUGGGAUUCCAUGCAGACGUUUGCUGGAUACAGUGACAGUGAAAUGUGGUCAUUGUAGUAACCUUUCAUUUUUGAGCACGAGGCCGCCAUUGCAAGGCCAAUGCAUUGAUCAUCCUCUGGGUUUUCAGACGCAGGUGGGAUUCUCCAAUGAUAUUCGAAAGGGUGCAUCGACAUCGUCCACAUCGACAUCGUCUUCAAUGGCGAAUGAGUCUCCCUCUCCAAGUUUUGUUGUGAAACCCCCUGAGAAGAAACACAGACUCCCAUCUGCUUACAAUCGUUUCAUGAAAGAGGAGAUUCAACGUAUCAAAGCUGCCAACCCAGAAAUACCACAUCGAGAAGCAUUCAGUGCAGCAGCAAAGAACUGGGCAAGGUACAUUCCGAAUUCAGCUGCGGGGUCGGUUUCGGGUACUCACAACAAUGAAUGAAACGUUUUAGGGCACCGGAAGAUGAGGGAUUGGACAAAUUUAAAUCAAGUGACUGCCUAGGGUUUGAUAAAGUUAAGAUUGGCCAUAUCUAUGUGUGUCGUAUUUUUUMAUGUUUCGCUUUGUGCUGUCUUUGUUUUUACCAUGGACGAUGAACUUUGUUUUGGCUGUGGAUCGGAUCAAAAAGCCACAAGAGAUCAGUUGUAUUUUCUCGUAAUCGUAAUUAAUGCCAAUAUUUAUUUUUCUCAAAA